CUCUCUCUCUCUCUUUGUUUUCUGGUUGCAGCUGCUCAAUUUAACUACCCCAACUCCCUCAGGCCCACAGUACCAGAUUCCAAACCCAUUGAGUUCAUCUUCUCCCUUAUUGUAUAGUUCUUUCUCCACUAUAUAAAUAUCAACUUAUGUGGUCUUCUCCAAAACUGGCCAACAAACCUAACUUCAUUCUUUUCCAAUCUACUUCAUGCUCUAUAGAUGGAUAACUCCAUGAUAUCCAAGAAUAGUGCUCUCUUUUCUGAGGGAAGAUCAGUAGAUUCUACUGAGGAGAGUGGUUGGACUUUUUAUUUGGAGGACUUCUUAUGUGACAAUCAUGGACACAGUCCUUUGUCCUCUGGGAAUGAAAGCCCUUCUCUAGUUUCAGAUGCUGGUAACUCUUCAGUGGCAAAGAAGUUGGCUGAUAAUGAUCAGGCUGUGGGGUUUUCUUUGGAUAAAAGUUGUAAGAAUUUGAGCUUUAAGAAGAGGAAAACGAGAAGAGCAGCAGUUGAUGAUGCUUUGGAGGAUACUGCUAGUUCUCCUGUAAAUAGUCCAAAGGUUUCUUAUUUGGUUCAAUCAGACAUGAACAAAAAGGAAAAUAAGGACAUUUUGCAGGAGAAAGGUAAUAAUUGUGGGCAGACAGAAGAGAGCAUUCAGUCUGAUAAUAUUGGAACUGAUAGUGACCAUACAGAACUGAAGAAAAGGGGGCUUUGCUUAGUACCUUUGUCAAUGCUAGCAAAUUAUUUUGGUUAA